AUGCCAUCUCUUGAUAACUAUUUGAUUGCUUGCGGUUCUCCUCAAAACAUUACUCAUCAUGGUCGAACUUUUCUUCCUGAUUCUCAACAUCCCUCUGUUAGAUCUGAUUAUGAACAUUCUGAUUCUCUAUCUAAUUCUUCUAUCUCUGUCUCUCCGAUUUACCAAUCUGCAAGAACUUUCACAGCCUCAGCUUCUUACAACUUUGACGUCAACCACAAGGGCUGGCAUUUCAUCCGACUCUACUUUCAUCCUCUUUCUGAACGGUUAGCUUCUGUCUCAUUCAGUGUCGUCACUGAGACCCAUGUUCUUCUUGAUAGCUUUAGAUUCAACACUUCUGAUAAUAAAUCUUACUCAUCGUUCAGGGAGUAUGCGAUAUAUGUGAAUACUAACCUUUUAAUCCUCACUUUUGUUCCUUCUAGCGACUCCGAUAUUGCAUUUGUGAAUGCCAUUGAGGUUCUUUCUGUCCCAGACGAGAUAUUCUCUUUUAAUCAUACCUUAUCUUUCCCAAUGUUCAAAGAUGUUUCUCUUGAAACCAUGUACCGCUUGAACAUGGGAGGUCCCUCUUUUGUCCCUUGUCAAAAUGACACUCUUUUCAGAGUUUGGGAAGAGGACGAUAAGUACCUCAAGCACAAUCCUUCAGCUCUUAAUCUUUCUGUGAACCCACACUCCGCAAAAGCCUUUCGAAAAAAACAUGUCAAGCGCGUCCAAUUUGACUUGGGUCUUCCCUGUCAAUCCGAAGUUCAAAUACAUUCUGAGAAUUCAUUUCUGCGAUAUGAUUAG